UUUGCUCUCAGAAAAUCCCAUCUCGCGAGAAUAUGGGUUCUUCAUAAGACAGUCUUCUCCAAUAGUCUUGUUUUUGUUUUUAUUUUGUUCACCGAUGAAACGUCGUGUAUUUGACGUCUACUUGUGAGUUAACGGGUUUUAUGUAAGUCGGUUUGGUUUGUCGGAAGAGCAAGAACGAAGAUACAGAAGUUGAUUUCUUUUGUUCGCAGUUCUUUUUGUCGCCAGAGAUGGGAAUGUUUCCAUAGCGGAGGAAGCAAACGGUUUCCAGCGAACUGUCCAAAUAAUCCUUCUUUUAUCUACAUACAGCACUCUUCAGCAGCCAUUAACACUUAAACAUGGGUUCAAUACUAAGCCGAAGGAUUGCUGGUGUUGAAGACAUCGAUAUUCAAGCCAAUUCAGCGUACAGAUAUCCCCCCAAAUCAGGAAAUUACUUCACCAGUCAUUUUUUCAUGGGUGGAGAAAAGUUCGACACACCCCAUCCAGAGGGAUAUCUUUUUGGGGAAAAUAUGGAUUUGAAUUUCCUUGGCAACAGACCUGUGCAGUUUCCCUAUGUGACACCAGCUCCACAUGAGCCUGUCAAGACUCUGAGGAGUUUGGUGAACAUCAGGAAGGAUUCUUUACGACUUGUCAGGUAUAAGGAUGAUUCUGACAGCACACCUGAGGACACAGGAGAGCCCAGGGUGCUUUACAGUGUUGAGUUCUGCUUUGAUACUGAUGCCAGAGUGGCUAUUACAUUAUACUGUCAAGCCUUUGAGGAGUUUGCCAAUGGGAUGGCAAUAUACAGCCCCAAGAGCCCUUCAAUGGUGUCUGAGACGGUCCAUUAUAAGAGAGGGAUUAAUCAGCAAUUUUGUCUGCCAUCUUUCAAGAUUGAUUUCACUAAAUGGAAACCUGAAGAGCUGAACUUUGAUCUGGACAAGGGCGUUUUCCCUUUGGUGGUCCAAGCAAUAGUGGAUGAUGGAGAUGAUGUCACAGGGCACGCACAUGUUCUCUUGGCAGCUUUUGAAAGGCAUGUUGAUGGCAGUUUCUCAGUGAAGCCUUUGAAACAGAAGCAAAUCGUGGACCGUGUGAGCUAUCUGCUGCAGGAGAUUUAUGGCAUUGAAAACCGGAACAAUCAGGAGACAAAGUCCACAGAGGACGAGAACAGUGACAACAGCAGCGAGUGUGUGGUUUGUUUAUCAGACCUGCGUGACACACUGAUUCUCCCUUGCAGGCACCUGUGUCUGUGCAAUGCCUGUGCUGACACACUGCGUUACCAGGCCAACAACUGCCCUAUCUGCAGACUGCCAUUCAGAGCCCUGCUCCAGAUCCGAGCCGUGAGAAAGAAAACUGCCGCCACUCUCUCCCCAGUUUCCUUUAGCCCAGUGUUGUCCCAGAGCUCUGACCAUACUGAGCAUUCGAAUGCUGAUAACAUCCCUCCUGGCUAUGAGCCUAUCUCCCUGCUUGAAGCCCUGAACGGGGUUCAACCUGUGUCUCCUACAAUCCCAUCAGCACCUCUCUAUGAGGAGAUCCAGUUUUCUGGGGAGAUGGGAGAUCCCCUCAACCUGACUGGGCGGCAGCAAAAUGCAGAUCCCGCAUCAAUGAAGGGAAAAGGUAGCAAGUCACCAGACGGGUCUACACGUUCUCCGUCAUCCCCCAUACAGGAGGAGGAAGAUGAGGAGAGGAUGUCAGAGCUCUCUGAUGCCCAGCCUCAGUCUGUUCUGCCCUGCAGUCUCAGUCCCACUGAGGCCACAGCAGAGGGUGUGUCCACCAAUCCUGGUUUCCCAAAUUCAGGUUCCGAGAGCAGAUCACUGGGUGUGUCUGUGAGUGAAAUUCUACAGGACUGCCACAGUGAGCGCAGCAGCCUGAGCCGGACAGAAAGUGACCCCUCCGCAGAUCUGGCCCUGCCUGGGUCAUCAGAGUCCAUAGAAAGCCUGAAGAGUCAGAGCACCAGCAGCUCCAGUCAGCCUCUGCUCUGCGUCCCCAGCACCCUCCGCAUGGAAGAUGAGCGUCUCGCUUCAUAAACGUCCCCCGCUGUGCCAGUUUCAUCAACCCGCUGUCUCAAUCAUCACUACGCAAAUACGCAAACAUUACCUUGUCUCAAUUCAGACGAUUACUUCUUUAGUAUCACAAUCAAAGUCUUAUGUUGAAGAGUCCAAGACAUUUCUCUGUGAAGUAGAAACAUUAUACAGGAGUUUUAACGCACUAGCUUCAAGAAAACUUUAUAAAGAAAUGACGUUUAUAAGACUGUACUAGCUUUUGCUUUGAGACUACAGAACUUUUGAAUGGUUUAAAUGCUUUUAAUGAAUGCCCAGCCUCUUUGAAGUAUGCAGCUUCAUUGUGAUUUUUGACUGUGUACUUGAUACGUUUUUAUUGUUUUCUGUAGUCGGCAAAUGAACACUAAGUGCGUCAGAUUGCAGUCUGAUACUGACGGAUAGUAUAAUCAGUUACCCAGUUGGAAGUAGUCAUCUAUGUCUAUAUCUUAUAUAUUUGUUCUGUGCCUUACAGUACUGUGUGGCUGUCCCUUUGUCCUCCCGUUGAAACAUACAAAGUGGGAAGCUGUAGCACUUUUUGAAGCUUUAAUGAGUAGUUUAUAGAGGGAUCUGCCAUCAUUUACAGUGACAUAUCUGAUGCUUUUUAGUGAUAUCACUGCUGCUUAUCUAUGUCAGGCACCUUUCAAAAUGAUGUAUAUUUGUAUGUAGUCAGAUUGUUUUAUCAUAAAGUGUUGUGCACUAAA